AUGGAGUUGAUGGCCGCUGCACCGGCAGCCCCUUCUGCGCCUUCCAUGCCAUCGGUGCCAAGCGGAGCAGCGAGGAUGAGGGCAACAACCUCGGCAGGCCAUUCGUGGCUCCCUGCCCCGGUGUUCGCGCUACCGGUUUUGGCGUGCCGCGGCUGGUGCCGGGCAAAAAGCGGGAGCCGAGUGCAGCGCACCCGUUGCACUCCGCAGGCGGCAGCUGUGGAGGUGGAGACGGCUCUCGAGGUCUCUCCGGGCAAGGUGAAGGCUUUGCAAUCACUUCUGAAAGAUGUGCUAGAAGUCAAGCCUCCUCAGAAGCUGGAGACAUUUCUCCAAGUUUUGCAGGCGAGUGGCUACACGAUCCUUGGUGAAGAAAAUGACUGGCGGGAGAUCGGUGGUGAUCUUCAUCCUUUCCUGUUGCCCAUCGCAACGAAAGGGGACUUUGACGAUGACCUGGAGGUUCUCGGACUGCUGAUCCGCACCCCGAAUGGCAAGCAACUGCGGCCUGACGAGUGGCAGGUGGUGACGCAGCAGCCACGCAAGACUAAAGUCGUUAAGCUGAUUGCUCUCGACAUCGGCAGGUUCAUCGUAAAGCAAGCUGAGGAGGCGACCUUCCGCAACGAGAAGCAGGACUUGCCCAUCAUCGAGAUCACAAGAGAUGUGUACGACGUGCGUUUCAAGGGCGAGGACAGGAACGCGCUCGACAAGUGGCUGCUGCUGGAGGUGGGGGCUUUCCCCGAUGUCUACAAGAACCUGGCCCUGGAGCACAUCAGCAAUGGGGAUGCCAUGACAGGCCUCGUCAUCGCAGAUACCAUGCGAGAAACUUUCGGUUACACAUGGGCCUUUCCACAUGCGUUUGUCAGCGAGCUGCUCAACACCCAUUUCAAUGGCAAGAAGGAAAUGGAAAAUCGAACGAUCGAGGGCAACCAUGUUGCUCAACAGUGCUUCACCAGCGGCUAUCCGCUUUGGACUCUGGAGGAUGACACAGAGGAAACUCUCAACGGACUGCUGGGCGCUGCACAGAUGCCUCAGCUUGGAUCGAUCGCCUCGUUGAGGGUCUUCUACUUGAAGCGCUCGACAGAUGAUCAGCGACGAGCUGUCCGAACUGGGAGCGCUGUGCGACCGUCUUUCAAGUUCAGCCGGCAGAUCGUCUUUCUUGUAGUGACGGGCAGUGUGCCCAGCAACUUGCCCAUUCGGGGGCUUCCGAGCAUGGCCUCGACGAGUGUUGCUUCGCCGUCGCCGCGGACGGCUACGCGGGACAGAAUGACUCUGGAUUCUGAUGCUCUGGGAGAGCACCCAGAGGCUGAGAGCCAGAGUGUGAGGAAGGCCUCUCGGAGAACUCCACGAACUCCGAAGGACAUUCCUGCAUCACCCGCGUCUCCCCAGCGGAAGCAUAUGGAUAGUGUGCUGCAAAGCAUGGAGAGCAGGUCUGGGGCACGCCAGAACACGAAGCACAUAACACGACCUUCGACGACUUCGAAGUGGAAAUUGGCCCGACUGGCCAUCGGUCCGACCGCCGAUGAAUCUCAUUUGACGGAAAUCCAAAAAAUCUUGAAGAAAGUUACAGGUGAAUACACCAGUGUUACGCAGAAGGAGGAUGUGCUGGAAGCCAUCAUGGCAGAAGCGGCCCACGCAAGCUACGAGUGUCUAGGACGUUACGAGAUGGAACCUUCGUACACCACCCGGGUUGCCAUGAACACGGCCGCCAUGAAAGGCAAAACUGGGGAGAUAUACCGAAUCUGCCAGAAGAUCGGAGCGGCAGAUCUGGACGGUUUCCCGGACGAGGACGACCGGUUGGUCCAACGGCAUGGCCUGCGGGAGUUCAUGGCCCAGCCAGGGGAGAUCACCCUCCUACCACAGGAGCUCCUGGAGGGCCUGCAUUGCAGGUGCGGACUGGCACUGCCCCUGCAGCGAGGGAAGAAGGCAACCUUCACUAAAGCGCUGUCCGGCCUCAUGUCAAAGAACAACAUGAAGGUCUCCGGCGCUGUUGGGCAGGCCGCUGCUUCGGACCUGCUCGCCGAGCGUGGCUUUGUGUCUCGCUGUGGCGAAUGGUGUCUCAUCGGUCUCGUGAAUGGCCAGGGCAGCCCAAAGGUGUCUGGCGCCCUGACGAUGUACGUGGCUCAAGAGAUGCCCAAAGCCAUCUUCCAGAACCCUGCUAUUGUUAGCAGCUUUCCGGAUGUGGCGAAGGGUUUGACCGAGGCCUUCGCCAAGGUUCACACCGCUGCCGCCAUGCAACUGGACGUGACGCUCACAGGAGCCUCGGUGACAGUCGUUCUGCUGAAUACAGAGCACGUUUGGAUAGCCCACGUUGGUGACUGCCGCUGUGUUCUCGCUGUGCCGGACACCGCCGGCAACGCUCGUGAGUUCCACAUGCUCCCUCAACGCUUGACAGAGGAUCACAAGCUCUGUGUCAAGAAGGAGUUUGACAGGACGAAGGAGGCCGGAGCCGAGAUCAGGAAGCUCGUCCACGACAAGGUGUGCCGCCUCUUUGUGGGCGAGUCGAGCUAUCCCAGCUUGGCUGUGACCCGUGGUUUGGGCCAUCGGCUGGGCCACACCGUCGGGGUGACACAUAAGCCCAGCAUCUGCAAGCUGGUGCGCAAGGACCUUCCAGAAGGGAGUUACAUGCUCCUCGGGAGUGGAGGUGUGUGGGCGACAAUGUCCGACACCACUGCAGUCAAUUGGGUCAUUAGGAAUUUGGAUGAUCCGCAGCAAGCGGCGAUGUCCCUCGCGCACGAAGCCAUGAGCCGCUGGCAG